UUUUUCCGUUUGAUUACAGGCGUAUUUUCACUAUGCUGCCCAUGAUUAAAUUGGAAGCAGGAAAAUUGGUUAAGAGAGUUGUGGAAGAGGCCUCAAAACAUGCUGCAGAUGUAGCGGAAAUGAUUAAACAAAUUCCAUUGUAUAAGAGAUGGUUUGUGAGUGGGUAUGGAAUUACAGUAGAUUCCUCUGGAGAGAGAGACAUUUUGAAUUUCCCUCAUCCUGUGAGGAGAGAGUAUCCAAUGAAAGUCCGCUAUGGUUUUGUUCCAGACAACUGGUUUACAGAUUUCUACAACAAGACUGGGGUAACAGGACCAUAUGUGUUCGGAACAACUGUGUCAUCGUAUCUUCUCUCCAAGGAAAUAUAUGUUCUUGAGCACAACUAUUACAAUGGAAUUUCAGUGGCAAUUCUUUGUGUGAUGGCAGUGAAGAAGCUUGGGCCCAUGCUGUCUGUUUAUCUGGACGAACAAGUAGAUUUUUUCAGGAUAACAAAUGGGAAGUUGCAGUACAGAAAAUGGCCCAGAGAUCACCAGUGCAGGUGUCUUUGUGUGUGUAGUGAGAGAAGUGUUAUGAAACUGAUGUUUUGA